AUAUGCACGGGACAUUCAUGGUGUUGCUUCCUGUCAGUAUGAUCAUAAUGGUCGUGGGGGGAGUGAUGGGGUUCAUCGGCCUGCUGGCUAGAGCAUACAUACUACUGCUGAUGACUGGUAUCCUGUUACUACUGGGAGGUAAGCACCCUACACCCUACACAAUACACCCUAUACCCUGUACCAGGGUUCUUCAAUUCCGGUCCUGGAGGGCCGAAACACUUCUGUUUUUCAUUUCUACCUGGUAGUUAAUUGCACUCACCUGGUGUCCCAGGUCUGAAUUAGCCCCUGAUUAGAAGGAGAGGAUGAAAAACAGAGGUGUUUCGGCCCUCCAGGACCGGAAUUGAAGAACCCUGCCCUACACCCUAUACAAUACACCCUAUACCCUACACCCUACACAAUACACCCUACACCCUAUACCAUACACCCUAUACAAUACACCCUAUACAAUACACCCUACACAAUACACCCUACACCCUAUACAAUACACCCUACACAAUACACCCUACACCCUAUACAAUACACCCUACACAAUACACCCUACACAAUACACCCUACACCCUAUACAAUACACCCUACACAAUACACCCUACACCCUAUACAAUACACCCUACACAAUACACCCUACACAAUACACCCUACACCCUAUACCCUAUACCCUACACAAUACACCCUAUACAAUACACCCCAUACCCUAUACAAUACACCCUUACCACCAGAGCAUACCUACUACUGCUAAUGACUGGUAUACUGUUACUACUUGGAGGUAAGCACCCUAUACCCUACACCCUAAACCCUACACCCUAUUCACUAUACAAGCCCCACCACCAAACCACAACAGUUUAUCUACUGUACCUAUCACUUUCCACUCUCAUUUAUCCUCAAAGUACACUGAACAAAAAAAUAAAAACAACAUGCAACAAUUUAAAAGAUUUUACUGAGUUACAGUUCAUAUAAGGAAAUCAGUCAAUUGAAAUAAAUUCAUUAGGCCCUAAUCUAUGGAUUUCACAUGACUCGGAAUACAGUUAUGCAUCUGCUGGUCACAGACACCUUAAAAAAAAGGUAGGGGUGUGGAUCAGAAAACCAGUCAGUAUCUGGUGUGACCACCAUUUGCCUCAUGCAGCACAACACAUCUCCUCAGUUCUGCCUCCAAGACAGGAUUCUGCCUCUACUGCCAUUCAUUCCAUUUAGACUGGUUUGGAUUUCUCCCUGACCAAGAUGGCUGCCAUUUUCACCCCAUUCUGGAACCUUGAGGGUUUAUGACAUAGCCCCUCUAGUAAUUGAAUAGGAUCUCUAAGGCACACCUCGUGAUUGGGCCUGCUGACGAGAGCUGGUCUGACACUGGAGCCGCAGAGCGGACCACAGUAAUCAAGGCCAUGCGCACGCACACACAACAAGAAUGGAUGAAAGGACAUGUGAUGUCCCACACAUAGCGCUGUGACGAUUAUGGAAUCAUGGGUAAUGAUUCAUUGUCACGGAAAUGGACACUGUUAUUGUCAUAAUUGUCAUUUUUCGUAACCAUUUAAAAAAAAAAAGAUUGUAAUCCAUCAUAAUCCAUAUUUGAGACACUUUACUUGACACCCAACGUCAUAACACGUUAUGACACGGUCAUAACCAUGUCAUAAUAUGUCAUAACAGCUGACGUAACUUGCAUAACUUCUUAAGUCCUUUGUUGUUGUUGUAAUGAAUGCUUUUUCCCCAUCAUAUUUUAAAUAACUUGCAGAAAAUACAUUUUAUGACACUGUCAUGAAGCAUUAUGACCAUCAUAAUCAUAUAAGCCAGAUAGUCCUAUCACGUGUAUGCCCUGCUCCUGAAAUCUGCUCCUGCAUUCAUCCCAGUCAUCAGCAACAGAGCAUUGGGGUAUGUGCAUGUCUGACAUCAAUUUGUGUACAAUGAUAAUUUAAUAUUGUCAAUUUCAGAAAAUGUUAUAUACUGUAACAUAAACAUACUGUUGACAAGUAGGCUAUGGUGUAAUGGAAUGUUUUGCCUUGUGUGGUAGGUUUUGUGGGUUUUGACACUCUUAUGUAGGUGUCAUAACCAGCCAUAAAAUAAUGCAAUAUAUAUGUCACAACAGGUCUAAAUAUGUGUCAUGAAAGUGUUAUGACGAUAUUAUGACAGGUUAUGACAUGUUAUGUCAGCUGUUAUGAUAUAUUAUGACAUGGUUAUGACCAUGUUAUAACAUGUUAUGACACUGGGUGUCAAGUAAAGUGUUACCAAAUGAUCUAUGACAUACUUUGGUCCACACCGGUCUCAAAAACAAAUGGUUUUGGAAGUGCUGUGCACCUGGUGCCUCACUGCAGAAAUGGAAUGAGCGCUCCAAGGCAUGUUCAUUAUGGCAUUAGUAGCGUUUGGAUUAAGUGCAAACUGUAAACUGCAUAUCCUGAGGCGGCAUUUAUUGUAGCUGGGGACUUUAAUAAAGGAAAUAUGAGGAAAACGCUACAGAAAUUCUAUCAACACGUCUCCUGUGCUACACGCACAACAUGGACCCUGAAUCAUUGCUACUCUCCCUUCCGAUAUGUCUACAAGGCCCUCCGCCGUCCUCCCUUCAGCAAAUCAGAUCACGCCUCCAUUCAUGUGGUCCUCUGUAGCUCAGCUGGUAGAGCACGGCGCUUGUAACGCCAAGAUAGUGGGUUCGAUCCCCGGGACCACCCAUACACAAAAAUGUAUGCACGCAUGACUGUAAGUCGCUUUGGAUAAAAGCGUCUGCUAAAUGGCAUAUUAUUAUUAUUAUUACUAUUAUUCUGCUCCUCCCCACCUAUAGGCAGAAACUUAAGCAGGAAGCACCCAUGGUAAGGACUAUUCAACAUUGGUCUGAUCAAUCAGAAUCUAUGCUUUAAGAUUGUUUUGAUCACGCGGACUGGGAAAGGUCGCCUCUGAGAAUAGUAUUGACGUAUACACUGACUCGGUGAAGGGGUUAAUCAGGAAGUGCAUAGAGGAUGUUGUUCCCACUGUGACGAUUAGAACUUAUCCAAACCAAGAACCGUGGAAAGAUGGCAGCAUUCGCACAAAAACUGAAAGCAUUUAACCAUGGGAAGGUGACUGGGAACGUGGAUGUGUACAAUCAGACCAGCUACGACCUCCGUGACCUCCGUAAGACAAUCCAAUAGAUUUAAAACGACAGUACAGGAACAAAGUGCAGUCGCAAUUCAAUGGUUCAGACACAAGAUGCAGGGACUCCAGACAACCACAGAUCAGAAAGGGAAAGCCAGCCAGGUCUCGGACACCGACGCCUCGCUCCCGGACGAGCUAAACACCUUCUCCCGCUUUGAGAAAAAUUACAACGAGACACUGACGCCGGCCCCCGACUCUCAUGAGGACUGUUCCUCAACACGGGGGGCCCUACAGGGGUGCGUGCUCAGCCCCCUCCUGUACUCAAUUAUCGAGUUUGCUGACACAGGAUGUACCAUUGAGAGAAUCCUGUUGGGCUGUAUAACCACCUGGUACGGCAAUUGCAACAUCCGCAACCGCAGGGUUCUCCAGAGGGUGUUGCGGUCAGCUCAAUGCAUCAGUGGGGGCACACUGCCUGCCCUCCGGUACAUUUACAUCACCCGGUGUCACAGGAAGGCCAAGAAGAUCAUGAAGGACCUCAGCCACCCAAGCCACGGCCUGUUCACCCCGCUACCAUCUAAAAGGCGGAGACAGUACAGGUGCAUCAAUGCUGGGACCGAGAGACUGAGAAAGAGCUUCUAUCUCCAGGCCAUCAGACUGCUACACAGUAGCCGGCCUCCACCCAGUACCCUGCCCUGAACCUUAGUCAAUGUUCUAGCCGGCUACCACCCGGUACUCUACCCUGCACCUUAUAGACUGUUUUGCCCUAUGUACAUAGUCAUUGAACACUGAUCACUUGUUCACAUACUGUUUUACCCACUUCAUAUGUAUAUACUGUAUUCUAGUCAUGGUUCAUCCUAUAUAACUACUGCUGCACACACCUUUUCUGUUCAUAUACUGUCCAUACUGUCCAUUAUACAAUGGUAGAAAAUAAAAACAGUCAAAAUAAAGACAAGCCCUUGAAUGAGUAGGUGUGUCUAAACUUUUGACUGGUACCAUAUAUAUAUAUAUAUAUAUAUACACACACAUUCCAUUAUAUGUGUAUAGUGUACAUACACUCUGGCCAGUUUAUUAGGUGCACCCAUCUAGUACUGGGUUGGACCUCCCUUUGCCUCCAGAACAGCCUGAAUUCUUCGGGGCAUGGGAAACUUUGCUCAGUUGGUAUCAAGGGACCCUAACGUGCGCCAGGAAAACAUUCCCCACACCAUUACACCAUCGCCACCAGCUUGUACCGUUGACACCAGGGAGGAUGGGGCCAUGGACUCAUGUUGCUUACGCCAAAUUCCUGACUGCCAUCAGCAUGACGCAACAGGAACCGGGAUUCGUUGGACCAGACACCAUGAUUCGCUUCUUCUUGUUUUUAGCUGAUAGGAGUGGAACCCGGUGUGGUCGUCUGCUGCAAUAGCCCAUCCGUGACAAGGACAGACGAGUUGUGAGUUCCGACAUGUCGUUCUGCAAACCACUGUUGUACUGCGCCGUUAUGUUCCUGUUUGCCAGUUAGCUUGUGCCAUUCUUGCCAUUCUCUUUUGACCUCUCAUCAACGAGCUGUUUUUGCCCACAGGACUGCUGCUGACUGGAUGUUUUUUGUUUGUCGCAACAUUGUAGGUAAACUCUAGGAGGCCGUCCGUUUCUGAGAUACUGGAACCGGCGUGACUAGCACCGACGAUCAUAGCACGCUCAGUCGUUUAGGUCACUCGUUUUGCCCAUCUAACGUUCAAUAGAACAGUAACUGAAUGCCUCGAUGCCUGUCUGCCUGCUUUAUAUAGCAAGCCACAGCCACGUGACUCACUGUCUGUAGGAGCGAUCCAUUUUGGUGAACGGGUAAACUGGCCACUGUGUAUAUUUAUAUUCAGGUCUCUGACAUUGCUCGUUCUGAUAUUUCUUAAUUUAAUGUAUUCUUUUUUUUACUUUUGGGGAUUAUGUGUGUAUUGCUAGAUAUUACUGCACUGUUGGAGCUAGAAACACAAGCAUUUCGCUGCACCUUUGAUAACAUCUGCAAAUCUGCAAUAAACAUUGAUUUGGGAUUUGAUUUUAAGACCUUUGGGCCAAAACAAUGUGACGAGUUUUCCCUUUCCAUCUGAAUCUCCCUAGUGGUCAGUAUGUCCCUGUAUCUCCCUAGUGGUCAGUAUGUCCCUGUGUCUCCCUAGUGGUCAGUAUGUCCCUGUAUCUCCCUAGUGGUCAGUAUGUCCCUGUAUCUCCCUAGUGGUCAGUAUGUCCCUGUGUCUCCCUAGUGGUCAGUAUGUCCCUGUGUCUCCCUAGUGGUCAGUAUGUCCCUGUAUCUCCCUAGUGGUCAGUAUGUCCCUGUAUCUCCCUAGUGGUCAGUAUGUCCCUGUGUCUCCCUAGUGGUCAGUAUGUCCCUGUGUCUCCCUAGUGGUCAGUAUGUCCCUGUAUCUCCCUAGUGGUCAGUAUGUCCCUGUAUCUCCCUAGUGGUCAGUAUGUCCCUGUAUCUCCCUAGUGGUCAGUAUGUCCCUGUGUCUCCCUAGUGGUCAGUAUGUCCCUGUAUCUCCCUAGUGGUCAGUAUGUCCCUGUGUCUCCCUAGUGGUCAGUAUGUCCCUGUAUCUCCCUAGUGGUCAGUAUGUCCCUGUGUCUCCCUAGUGGUCAGUAUGUCCCUUUAUCUCCCUAGUGGUCAGUAUGUCCCUGUGUCUCCCUAGUGGUCAGUAUGUCCCUGUAUCUCCCUAGUGGUCAGUAUGUCCCUUUAUCUCCCUAGUGGUCAGUAUGUCCCUGUAUCUCCCUAGUGGUCAGUAUGUCCCUGUGUCUCCCUAGUGGUCAGUAUGUCCCUGUAUCUCCCUAGUGGUCAGUAUGUUCCUGUCAUUUGGUAUUUUGUCAGUAACACAUAUUUUCUCCUUCCCUCCAGCUCUGUCCUCUCUAACAGGGGUGAGUGUGUACAUGGCCUACUCUGCUGCAGUCUUCCAGGAGGCUCAGUGUCUGGCUGAGCAGAUGGGGGUCAAUAUGGAGGGGAUCCAGAUCCUGUUUGGCUGGUCCCUGAUCCUGGCCUGGGUCUCCAGUGGAACACAACUAUUCACCUCCGCUGGCUUCCUGCUGGCCUGCAGA